UGGCGGAGGGGCUUCCUUUAAAAAGGGAACUGAUUGCGAAACCCACAAUAGGUCACCGUUCUAUCACAAGGGCCAUUACACCUCAGUCUCCUCUGUAGGGAUUCCUAAGCUUCGAAAUGGGUGACGCCGCCAUGAAAGAGUUUGGGGCCGCGGCCCCCUACCUGAGGAAAUCGGAUAAGGAGCGUCUGGAGGCUCAGACUCGUAUCUUUGACAUGAAGAAAGAAUGCUUUGUUCCUGACACUGAGGAGGAGUUUGUGAAGGCGUCCAUCACCAGCCGUGACGGGGACAAAGUCACCGCUCAAACUGCAAAGGGGAAGACGGUGACCGUAAAGGAUUGUGACGUGCACCCUCAGAACCCGCCAAAGUUUGAUAAAAUUGAAGACAUGGCCAUGUUCACGUUCCUUCACGAGCCCGCGGUGCUGUUCAACCUCAAAGAGCGUUACGCGGCAUGGAUGAUCUAUACCUACUCGGGGCUGUUCUGCGUCACGGUCAAUCCCUACAAGUGGCUGCCGGUCUACAACCAAGAGGUGGUUGUCGCCUACAGGGGAAAGAAGAGGAGCGAAGCUCCUCCCCACAUCUUCUCCAUCUCUGACAACGCUUACCAGUACAUGCUAACCGACAGAGAAAAUCAGUCAAUUCUCAUCACUGGAGAAUCUGGUGCGGGGAAAACCGUCAACACCAAGAGAGUCAUCCAGUAUUUUGCCAGCAUUGCAGCUGGCAGUGGGAAGAAAGAAGGAAGCUCGGAGAAAAAGGGGACCUUGGAAGAUCAAAUCAUCCAAGCUAACCCAGCUUUAGAAGCCUUCGGAAAUGCCAAGACCAUCAGAAAUGACAAUUCUUCCAGAUUUGGCAAAUUCAUCCGAAUUCACUUUGCUGCCAGCGGAAAGCUUGCAUCGGCUGAUAUUGAAACAUAUCUAUUGGAGAAGUCCCGUGUCACCUUUCAACUUAAGGCUGAAAGAGACUACCACAUCUUCUAUCAGAUUCUCUCGCAGAAGAAACCUGAGCUUUUGGAGAUGCUGCUCAUCACCAACAACCCCUACGAUUACGCGUUCAUCUCCCAAGGAGAAACAACUGUUGCCUCCAUCAAUGAUGCUGAGGAGCUAAUGGCCACUGAUGAUGCCUUUGAUGUGCUGGGCUUCACCCAAGAGGAGAAGAACGGCAUUUACAAACUGACAGGUGCCAUCAUGCACUACGGCAACAUGAAGUUCAAGAACAAGCAGCGUGAGGAGCAGGCAGAGGCUGAUGGCACCGAAGAUGCGGACAAAGUUGCUUAUCUGAUGGGCAUGAACUCAGCAGACCUCAUCAAAGGUCUCUGUCAUCCAAGAGUGAAAGUAGGAAAUGAGUGGGUCACCAAGGGACAAAAUGUUCAGCAGGUCUAUUAUGCGGUCGGUGCACUGUCUAAGUCAGUGUAUGAGAAGAUGUUUCUGUGGAUGGUGAUCCGUAUUAACCAAUCUCUGGACACCAAGCAACCUCGCCAGUACUUCAUUGGCGUUCUGGAUAUCGCUGGAUUUGAGAUAUUUGAUUUCAACACCUUCGAGCAGCUGUGCAUCAACUUCACCAAUGAAAAACUGCAACAGUUUUUCAACCAUCACAUGUUUGUGCUGGAGCAGGAGGAGUACAAGAAGGAGGGCAUCGAAUGGACUUUCAUUGACUUUGGCAUGGACUUGCAGGCCUGCAUUGACCUGAUUGAAAAGCCCAUGGGCAUCAUGUCCAUCCUUGAAGAGGAGUGCAUGUUCCCCAAAGCCAGCGACGCCACCUUUAAAGCCAAGCUUUACGACAACCACUUGGGAAAAUCCGGCAACUUCCAGAAGCCCAGAGUCGUCAAAGGGAAACCGGAGGCACACUUUGCCCUGAUGCACUACGCCGGGACUGUUGAUUACAACAUCAACAACUGGCUGGUGAAGAACAAGGAUCCCCUGAAUGAGACCGUCGUUGGACUUUACCAGAAGUCGAAUCUCAAACUAUUGGCAUUACUCUUUGCAAAUUACGCUGGAACAGAUUCAGAUGUUGGAAAGGGCAAAGGGAGCAAGAAGAAGGGUUCAUCCUUCCAGACCGUGUCAGCCUUGCACAGGGAGAAUCUGAACAAGCUGAUGACCAAUCUGAGGUCUACUCACCCCCACUUUGUGCGCUGCAUCAUCCCCAACGAGACCAAGACUCCCGGAGCCAUGGAAAACCCGCUGGUGAUGCACCAGCUGCGCUGUAACGGCGUGCUGGAAGGCAUCCGAAUCUGCAGAAAGGGCUUCCCCAACAGGAUCCUCUACGGAGAUUUCAAACAGAGAUAUCGCAUUCUGAAUCCUGCUGCUAUACCUGAGGGUCAGUUUAUUGACAGUAAAAAGGGCGCAGAAAAACUUCUUGGGUCUUUGGAUAUUGACCAUAAUCAAUACAAGUUUGGACACACAAAGGUGUUCUUCAAGGCUGGUCUCCUCGGGCAACUCGAGGAGAUGAGGGAUGACCGUUUGUCUCUCAUCAUAACCGGAAUCCAGUCAAGAUCAAGAGGUCUGCUGGCAAGAGUAGAAUUCCAGAAGAUUGUCGAGAGGAGGGAUGCGUUAUUGGUAAUCCAGUGGAACAUCCGUGCCUUCAUGGGGGUUAAGAAUUGGCCUUGGAUGAAACUAUUCUUCAAGAUCAAACCUCUUUUGAGAUCUGCGGAGGCAGAAAAAGAAAUGGCCAACAUGAAGGAAGAAUUCCUCAAGUUGAAAGAAGCUUACGCAAAGUCAGAAUCUCGCAGGAAGGAACUGGAGGAAAAAAUGGUCUCUCUUCUCCAAGAAAAAAAUGACUUGCAGCUCCAAGUCCAGGCUGAGCAAGAUAACCUGGCUGAUGCUGAAGAAAGAUGUGAGGGGCUGAUCAAAAACAAAAUCCAGAUGGAAGCAAAAGCCAAAGAGUUAUCUGAACGGCUGGAGGACGAGGAGGAGAUGAAUGCUGAACUAACAGCAAAGAAGAGGAAGCUGGAGGACGAGUGCUCUGAGCUGAAGAAGGACAUUGACGACUUGGAGUUAACUCUAGCUAAAGUGGAGAAAGAGAAGCAUGCCACUGAGAACAAGGUCAAGAACCUGGUCGAAGAGAUGGCAGCUUUAGACGAAGUCAUUGCCAAGCUGACCAAGGAGAAGAAGGCCUUGCAAGAAGCUCAUCAGCAAACGCUGGAUGAUCUUCAGAGUGAAGAAGACAAAGUCAACACUCUGACCAAGGCCAAGUCAAAACUCGAGCAGCAAGUGGAUGACCUUGAAGGGUCUCUUGAGCAAGAGAAGAAGGUUCGAAUGGAUCUUGAGAGAGCAAAGAGGAAGCUGGAGGGAGACUUAAAGUUGACCCAGGAGAGCCUAAUGGAUCUGGAGAAUGACAAGCAACAACUGGAAGAGCAGCUCAAAAAGAAGGACUUUGAAGUCAACCAGCUCACAAAUAGAAUCGAGGAUGAGCAGGCAGUUGCGAUUCAGCUUCAAAAGAAAUUGAAAGAGCUUCAGGCCCGCAUCGAGGAGCUGGAGGAAGAGUUGGAGGCAGAGCGAGCCGCCCGGGCCAAGGUGGAAAAGCAGAGAGCGGACUUGGCCAGGGAGCUGGAGGAGAUCAGCGAGAGGCUGGAGGAGGCCGGCGGAGCAACGUCGGCCCAGAUCGAGAUGAACAAGAAGAGGGAGGCCGAGUUCCAGAAACUCCGCAGGGACCUGGAAGAGGCCACUCUGCAGCACGAAGCCACGGCGGCCACGCUCAGAAAGAAACAAGCCGACAGCGUUGCUGACCUGGGCGAGCAGAUUGACAACUUGCAAAGAGUCAAGCAGAAACUGGAGAAGGAGAAGAGCGAACUCAGGCUGGAACUGGACGACGUCGUCUCCAACAUGGAACAUGUUGUCAAAACAAAAACGACUCUCGAGAAGACGUGCAGAACUGUAGAAGAUCAGAUGAAUGAAUACAAGACCAAGUUUGAAGAGGCGCAACGUUGCAUCAAUGAUUUCAACAUGCAGAAAGCAAAGCUUCAAACUGAAAAUGGAGAGUUCUCGAGGCAACUUGAGGAGAAGGAGUCUCUGGUGUCGCAACUCACCAGGGGAAAAAUGUCCUACACUCAACAAAUUGAAGACCUCAAACGACAACUGGAGGAGGAGACCAAAGCCAAGAACGCGUUAGCCCACGCUGUGCAGUCCUCUCGCCACGACUGCGACCUGCUCAGAGAGCAGUACGAGGAGGAGCAGGAGGCCAAGGCCGAACUGCAGCGCGGCAUGUCCAAGGCCAAUUCGGAGGUAGCUCAGUGGAGGACCAAGUAUGAAACCGAUGCCAUCCAGAGGACCGAAGAGCUGGAGGAGGCAAAGAAGAAGCUGGCUCAGCGUCUGCAGGAUGCGGAGGAGGCCGUGGAAGCAACGAAUGCGAAAUGUUCCUCUCUGGAGAAGACCAAACACAGACUGCAGAAUGAGAUCGAAGACCUCAUGGUGGACGUGGAGAGGUCCAACGCCGCUGCCGCUGCUCUGGACAAGAAGCAAAGAAACUUUGACAAGGUCUUGUCUGAGUGGAAACAGAAGUAUGAGGAGUCUCAGUGUGAGCUGGAGGGCUCCCAGAAGGAAGCCAGAGCUCUGAGCACCGAGCUGUUCAAGUUGAAGAACUCUUAUGAGGAGUCUUUGGAUCAUCUGGAGACCAUGAAAAGAGAAAACAAGAAUUUGCAGGAGGAGAUUUCCGAUCUCACUGAGCAACUUGGUGAGAGUGGAAAGAAUAUUCAUGAGCUGGAGAAAUUAAGAAAGCAGUUGGACCAGGAGAAGAGUGAGAUCCAGUCUGCUCUCGAGGAAGCGGAGGCUUCCUUGGAGCAUGAGGAGGGCAAGAUUCUGAGAGCCCAGCUUGAGUUCAACCAGAUCAAGGCGGAGAUGGAGCGCAAGCUGGCCGAGAAGGACGAGGAGAUGGAGCAGUGCAAGAGGAACCUGCAGAGGACCAUCGAAACCCUGCAGAGUUCUCUGGAAGCUGAGUGUCGGAGCAGGAAUGAGGCCCUUCGUUUGAAGAAGAAGAUGGAGGGAGACCUCAACGAGAUGGAGAUUCAGCUCAGUCAGGCCAACAGGCAGGCGGCUGAGGCUCAGAAGCAACUCAAAUCUGUUCACGCGCAUCUCAAGGACUGCCAAAUUCAACUGGAUGAGUCUCUCCGAGCCAACGAUGAUCUCAGAGAGAACAUUGCCAUUGUGGAGAGGCGGAACAACCUCAUUCAAGCCGAGCUGGAAGAACUGAGGGCUGCUCUCGAGCAAACCGAAAGGAGUCGCAAACUUGCUGAGCAAGAGCUGCUGGAUGUUAGCGAGAGAGUGCAGCUACUGCACUCUCAGAACACCGGUCUGAUCAAUCAGAAGAAGAAACUGGAAGCUGACGCAUCCCAGCUUCAGAAUGAAGUCGAAGAAGCGGUGCAGGAAUGCAGGAACGCUGAGGAGAAAGCCAAGAAGGCCAUCACAGAUGCCGCCAUGAUGGCGGAGGAGCUGAAGAAAGAGCAGGACACGAGCGCCCACCUGGAGCGAAUGAAGAAGAACAUGGAGCAGACUAUCAAAGACCUGCAGCACCGUCUGGAUGAAGCUGAACAAAUUGCAUUGAAGGGGGGGAAGAAGCAAGUGCAGAAGCUCGAGGCCCGGGUGAGGGAACUUGAAAAUGAGGUGGAGUCUGAGCAAAAGAAGAGCAGCGAAGCAAUCAAGGGAAUGCGCAAGUAUGAAAGACGCAUCAAGGAACUCACCUAUCAGACUGAGGAAGAUCGCAAGAAUGUGGUGCGUCUCCAGGAUCUGGUUGACAAACUGCAACUGAAGGUCAAAGCAUACAAGAGAUCCGCUGAGGAGGCUGAAGAGCAGGCCAACACUCAUUUGAGCAAGUUCCGUAAACUGCAGCAUGAGCUUGAUGAAGCUGAAGAGAGAGCCGACAUUGCUGAAUCUCAGGUCAACAAGCUGCGCGCUAAAAGCCGUGAUGUUGGCGCCAAGAAAGGACUGGAAGAGGAGUGAAACCCACAGACAGCCAUGCAAGAACCAUCGGCUCAUUUGUAGUUUCCUGUCUCUAAAGUAUCAGUAGAAUAAAGCAAAAUGUGCAAUAAAAUGUA